UUCAAUGAUCUCAGUCUGUGAGAAGACCAGCAGGUAGCAAAAAACCUAAAUCUGCUGUUUCGCUGAGACAGAGAGGGAGUUAACGUGACACGUUUGUGAUCUCAAGGAGCCAAACCGGGAGUGGAGACACAGCAGCAUGGGGGACUCCUGAUGGUUUCAGCCACCUUUCUUUUUCUUCUUGGCUUCCACCCUCAGCUCAUAUGGCUCCUGUUUCAGAAACAAACAAUUGACUUCUGCGGGUGGUGGAUUCCCUGGAGAGGUUGUCGAGGCCUGGAUUGCACUCCUUUUGAUGGUAAGAAGAAGAGGAGGCAAUGGCCUCCCCUCCAGGGAGAACAGUGACGUGCAGCUGUUGGAGGUAUCCAAACCAGCUCGCAAGCUGAGUCACAUGAUCAACACAUGGUUCGGGGUGGCAAAUCUUGAUGGAGGAUCGAAAUGUGUCAGCAACGGUCAUCUGAAGGAUGCUUUGGACGCUCAGGAAUCACUGAAGCUUCAAUCGAGGAAGACGAUUCCUCGCCAAAGAGAAUUCAUGGAGGGAGCACACAUCGGUCAUGAGCUAGAGAAGCCACAUAGGUACGCAGUGAACAGUUACAGCUGUAGGCUGCAGGAAGAGAAGCUCUGCAGUAGUCUUUCAUGGAGGAGUUGCGGUGAGGGGAUGAAGAAGGUGAUCGGAGAGGGUCUCCAUGGUCAGAAUCUACUGCAAAUAUCUUCCGACGACGAGAAGACGUCUUCCAGCCGGUCAUUGGGAGUGUAUUUCAGAAGUGCACUCGGUUCAUCCUAUCAUGAGACAGAGGGGGGAAGAAAGAAUUCUACCGCUGCCUCGGAGCAGCCAGUGAAGAUGAAAGCUCCGAGCCUGAUUGCAAGGCUGAUGGGCUUGGAAGAAGUCCCUGCAGAAGCUGCCGAAACCAUACGAAAGGAACAGAUCAGGGAGAAUCUAAAUGCACCAAGAUCAAUGUUUCAUGUUGGGAAGCCUGAGGCAGGAAGGUUGCUGUUGUCUAAGCAGAGUCCGAAACCGGAGAGAGUGACUCUACGGAGCAUCAUCGAACGAGAAAAGAUCGAGCGGCUCGUGAAGAGAGGCCAAGAAAUAGGUUGCCGAAAUCAGUCGGAUUCAAACGAUACUUCGGCAGAUGAACGCUACAGUAAAAGAUUCCAUAUGGAUGAAGAAGACCCAUCGACUGUUAAGGCAAUGCAGUUUCCCGAGAGAGGGGAGCAGCAUGAGCUCCUUCCUUCUCGUCCGCCUUCAAGCCAGGAGUCGAUCGAAGCCACCAAGGUGGAGCAUGACGAGGUCAUUGCCAACAGAAGACGGGAGCUAGCACAUGAAUCGGUGAGAAAAGAAGCAGUGAGCUCGAAGAAGAGCAAAGUAGAGUCGUCCAAGACGAGUAAAUUGCCAGCUUCUGUAUGCCAUGGACAGCAGAAGAAGGAAGCGAAUCUUCACAAGAGAAGCUAUCAGGGACAGAGGUCAUUGUUAGAUCGAACGACUCCUCAAAGCAGAAAAGGCCUCAAAGCUGCUGCAGCUCCGUUAUCUCAGGCCAAGAAAGCUACAACAGCAUCUACCGAGCCCAACAGAAGACCAGCUUCUGCAAAGAGCAUUGCCAUGAAAGCAGGGGCGACACAGCAGAAGAGUAUGAUGAAACCCCAGAGGGAAAUGGUAUCAGGGAAUUCCACCAAUGCCGCAGCAGAAAAGAGAACAGCUGCAGCAAAACCAGCUCGAAAGAUGACCAAGGUCAAGACUCCAAAGCAGAGAGAUGGCCAGGAAAUGAGUCCUUCCUGCAAGACAGAUGAUGACGCAUCUGCAAUCAACAUCUCGCCUGCUGCCGAACCUUCGAAACAGCGAAAGCUGAGCCCAAAAUCUUCCAACAAUGAGAAGACUGGGAAAGACCAGAAAGUCAUUCGCGAAGUCAUGCCAAAGACCAGCAAAGGUGGAAUGGUUUCUGGCAAAGCAGAAGCAGCGGCCGCUAAGCAUGUCGGCAAUGAACUCAUCAGCACCACUACAAGAGCAGAUAAAGUAGAACACCUCGAAGCUUUACUGCUCAGCUGCCAGUCAUUCCUGCUGCAUGCCGACGAGCUGACCCUUGACGCUCAUACACCUACGAAUCACGGAAAGCUGGACUGGGACGAGGUUGACAAAGAUGCUAAGCUCUAUUUGGGUUGUGCAGAAGAGUUGAUAGAGCGCAAAAGGCAGCACGCGGAGCUCUCUGGCCAUCAUCCUAUGUCGCUGACUCACCGGUGGAGCAGAACAGAGCACGCUUCACUUGAUCAGAUAGUGGGGGAAAUCAGCAAGGGAAUUGGGAGACUUGCCAAGUACAGUGAGGCUGACGAUGAUGUUCCUUACAGAGACAGUCUCUACGUGAGGCUGGAAAGAGAUCUCAGAUGCAAAGACAUGUUGACGAACGCCAUGUGGGACGUGGGUUGGAGGAAUGGCUUUUGCAUGGAAGAAGCAUAUAACGUUGUCAGUAAGGUGGAAGAGCACAUCGUGACUGCACUUGUUGAGAAGGUUGCCAUGGAAUUGGCGGAUGCCAUUUUUGUUGGCGACUGUUCUCCAAACUAAAGAUGAUAAAAGGAUUUGGAAUGAAUGAUUGUUUUGUAA